AUGAAGACUCUGGUUGCAUCUCUGCUCCUUACUCUUUUGGUCGCCUAUGUGGCGGCCGAACGGGCCCAUGAAAUGAGCUGCACCGACGUCGAUAUGUGCAUCGCCCCCUGCAUCUCUUACCUGACAGGUGAGCAGCAGUCCCCGGCCCCUGCCUGCUGCGACGGGCUGAAGAAACUCAGAACACUGGUGGCGGGCACAACGGCGGAACGUCGCUUCGCGUGCAACUGCAUUAAGCAGGCGGCGGCGCACUUGAAGAAUCUCAAGGACGAUGCCGUCAGCAAGCUCCCUGCCGCAUGCGGCACCCCACUCCCCUUCCCCAUCAGCUUAGAGUAUGAUUGCUCCAGCCUCCCAUAA